CCUGGGAACCAUGCUUCGGCCUGUCAGGAAUUUGAAUUUAGAGUUCAGUUUCUCAGAACAGUCUCUCCAGGAAGAAUUUUACAGUAUCAUACAGACUUCACUUCUUGAUCAAGAAGUCCUGAGGGAAAAGAAAUGGGUCGCUCCAAUUCUAGAUCACAUUCUUCAAGAUCAAAGUCUAGAUCACAGUCUACUUCUCGAUCAAGAUCACGAUCACACUCUAGAAAGAAGAGAUACAGAUCUAGUUCCAGGACAUACUCAAGAUCUCGUAGUAGAGACUGUAUUUAUUCUAGAGAUUAUCGUUGCGAUUACAGAAAUAAUAGAGGAAUGAGACGACCUUAUGGGUACAGAGGAAGGGGUACAGGACAUUACCAAGGAGGAGGAGGUAGAUACCAUUGAGGUGGUUAUAGACCUGUUUGGAAUAGAAGGCAUUCUCGGAGUCCUAGACAAGGUCAUUCACGUUCCAAGAGUCCAAAAAGAAGAUCUGUUUCUUCUCAAAGAUCCCAAAGCAGAUCUCACGGGUCUUAUAGAUCCUCUAGGUCUCCAAGAUCAUCAUCUUCACGUUCUUCAUCCCCAUAUAGCAAAUCCCCUGUCUCUAAAAGAUGAGGGUCUCAGGAAAAACAAACCAAAAAAGCUGAAGGGGAGCCCCAAGAGGAGAGUCCUUUGAAAAAUAAAUCACAAGAAGAACCAAAAGAUACAUUUGAACAUGACCCAUCUGAAUCAAUUGAUGAGUUUAAUAAAUCAUCGGCCAUGUCUGGUGAUAUUUGGCCUGGCCUUUCAGCUUAUGACAAUAGUCCCAGAUCACCCCAUAGUCCUUCACCUAUUGCUACACCACCUAGUCAGAGUUCAUCUUGUUCUGAUGCCCCCAUGCUCAGUACAGUCCACUCUGCAAAAAACACCCCCUCUCAGCAUUCACAUUCCAUUCAGCAUAGUCCUGAAAGGUCUGGGUCUGGGUCUGUUGGAAAUGGAUCUAGUAGGUAUAGUCCUUCUCAGAAUAGUCCAAUUCAUCAUAUCCCUUCACGAAGAAGUCCUGCAAAGACAAUCACACCACAGAAUGCUCCAAGAGAGGAGUCUAGGGGACACUCUUCAUUUUAUCAUGAUGGUGGGGAUCAGGAAACCACAAAGACUGGAAAGUUCUUAAAAAGGUUCACAGAUGAAGAGUCUAGAGUAUUCCUGCUUGAGAGGAGAAGUACCAGGGAUAAAGAGACUCCAAAGGAAAAAGGAUCAGAGAAAGGCAGGGCAGAAGGAGAAUGGGAAGAUCAGGAACCUCUAGAUUACUUCAGUGAUAAAGAGUCCGGAAAACAAAAGUUUAAUGAUUCAGAAGGGGAUGACACAGAGGAAACAGAGGAUUAUAGGCAGUUCAGAAAGUCAGUCCUUGCAGAUCAGGGUAAAAAUUUUGCUACUGCAUCUCAUCGGAAUACUGAGGAGGAAGGACACAAGUACAAGUCUAAAGUUUCACUGAAAGGCAGUAGGGAAAGUGAUGGAUUUAGAGAAGAAAAAAAUUAUAAACUUAAAGAGACUGGAUAUGUAGUGGAAAGGCCUAGCACUACAAAAGAUAAGCACAAAGAAGACGACAAAAGUUCUGAAAGAAUAACAGUAAAGAAAGAAACUCAAUCACCUGAGCAGGUAAAGUCUGAAAAGCUCAAAGACCUCUUUGAUUACAGUCCCCCUUUACACAAGAGUCUGGAUGCACGGGAAAAAUCUACCUUCAGAGAGGAGAGCCCACUUAGGAUCAAAAUGAUAGCUCAUCGAGAAGAGAGAGUUUUUAAAGAAGAAAAUCAAAAGGGAGAUAAAAAAUUAAGGUGUGAUUCUGCUGAUCUUCGGCAUGACAUUGAUCGCUGUAGAAAAGAAAGAAGUAAAGAACGGGAGGAUUCCAAGAGUUCCAGGGAAUCCAGUGGAUCAAGAAAGCAGGAAAAAACUCCAAAAGAUUACAAGGAAUACAAAUCUUGGUUCACUUCAUAUCAGAAAGCCACCGAAGAACAUAGUACCCGGCAAAAGAGUCCUGAGAUACACAGGAGAAUCGACAUCUCUCCAAGUGCCCUGAGGAAGCAUACCCAUUUAGCAGGAGAAGAGAGAGUUUUUAAAGAAGAAAAUCAAAAGGGAGAUAAAAAAUUAAGGUGUGAUUCUGCUGAUCUUCGGCAUGACAUUGAUCGCUGUAGAAAAGAAAGAAGUAAAGAACGGGAGGAUUCCAAGAGUUCCAGGGAAUCCAGUGGAUCAAGAAAGCAGGAAAAAACUCCAAAAGAUUACAAGGAAUACAAAUCUUACAAAGAUGACAGUAAACACAAAAGAGAGCAAGAUCAUUCUCUAUCUUUAUCCUCUUCGGCCUCACCUUCUUCUCCCAGUUCUAGAGAAGAAAAGGAGAGUAAGAAGGAAAGAGAAGAAGAAUUUAAAACUCACCACGAACUGAAAGAGUACUCGAGUUUUGCGGGAGUUAGCUGACCACGAGGAACCUUCUUUCGAAUUAGAGGCAGAGGAAGAGCCAGAGGAGUUUUUGCUAGGACAAAUACUGGUCCAAACAACUCAAAUACCACUUUUCAAAAGAGACCAAAGGAAGAUGAAUGGGAUCCAGAAUAUACCCCAAAGAGCAAGAAGUACUUCUUGCAUGAUGACAGAGAUGAUGGUGUGGAUUAUUGGACCAAAAGAGGAAGAGGUCGAGGUACUUUUCAACGAGGCAGAGGGCGCUUUAACUUCAAAAAAUCAGGUAGCAGUCCAAAGUGGACUCAUGACAAAUCCCAAGGUGGGAUUGUUGAAGAUGAAGAAGAGACCAUGGAUAAUAAUGAAGAAAAGAAAGACAGACGCAAAGAAGAAAAGGAAUAGAAAAUUUGAAGUAAGACUGCAAAAGAGAGCAGAACUUGGCACCCACCAUUUUUUACCUGAUUUUUUUUGUUUGUUUUCAAAUAAGAAUGUAAGCAUUUUACUUAAAUUUUACUGUUUGCAAGUAGUCUAGAAAUUUUGUUUUAAGUCUUCAAAUAUCUUGAAAAAUAGUAGAUUGUAUGUUGAAAAUUGUACUGAAAUAAAAGUAGAGAAUUGUUACGUA